AUGCUGCCCAUUUCUCGUGAGGUGGUGGACUCGUUGCUCGAUCGCAACGCGUCCUGGUCCAAAGACUUUAUCACGCAUCAGCCGGAUCUAGCUUGUGCGCUCCGAGAGGGUCAGCACCCAAAGGUAUUUUGGAUUGGAUGCAGUGACUCUCGUGUCCCUGAAAGUGUGGUUUGCAAUGCACGUCCUGGUGAGCUGUUCGUCUUGCGCAACGUAGCGAAUCAAUUCCAUUUGCACGACGACAGCGCGGUAAGUGCGUUGACGUUUGCUGUGCAAGCACUUGGCGUCGAGCACGUCAUUGUCGUCGGACACACGAGCUGCGGUGGUGUAGCGGCAGCGGUGAAACAGGCGCUCAAAGAGCAGGAAGAUGACUAUGAGCCACCGCCGUCGUCAGCGCUAGCGAGGCACUUGUCGUCGCUGACUGAGCUCGCACGCUAUUUCCGAGUGCGAGUGCGCGAACGCAAUAUCAUGUCUGGCAAGUCGAUGCAAGAGCGGCUCGUCCCUCUGCUGACCGAGGCGAGCGUGCGUCGACAAAUCCAAAACAUUGUAGAGCACCCUGUGAUCCAGGACAACUGGAACCAGCGUGUAUCGCCCUUGAACGGCAAGGUGAACCCGCGUGUUACCAUCCAUGGCUGGAUUCAUAACCUGCAUGACAAUCGCUUGUUUGACCUCAAUGUCUCGGUCCCUCCGCCCCCGUUGAACGAGGAGAAGAAGCAAAGCACAAACUAA